AUGUUUAAUUUACAUCUCAAAGACUUUCAACAUCUGUCAAUUAAAGAAAACCGAUUAGAAAUGUCAUCCUACGUGGGAACAAAUGUCGCCCUCCCAACAAUCAGAGCUGGUUCUAGAAGUUUCAGAUUGCUAUCAAAGUUCCAAGCCUACGUCAAGAGUAACAAUGCUAAGAGCAACAACUCAACUAAAGAUGAGGGUCCACGUUACAAAGGUUUAGAUAGAGCUAGGCUUGCGUACUUGGAUCGUGUAGUGAGAGUUGACCAAGCUGGUGAGUUAGGUGCCAACUAUAUAUACCAAGGACAGAUUUUUGUGCUUCAAAAACAGUACCCAGAACUGAGACCGGUAUUGGACCAUAUGUGGAAGCAAGAGGUGCAUCACCAUGAUACAUUCAACAACUAUCAAAUAAGAAACAGAGUGAGACCCUCUUUAAUCACACCGCUUUGGAAAGUUGGUGCUUUCGCUAUGGGUGCUACAACUGCAUGGAUGUCCCCAGAGACCGCAAUGGCAUGCACAGAAGCCGUAGAAACGGUAAUUGGUGGCCACUACAAUGAACAACUACGUACAUUAGAGAACCAGUACGAGAUGAAGAAUAUAAACAAUGAAAACCGCUACUCAAAACCUCAUGAAGUCACCAAACUGAUCUCUACAAUCAGAGAAUUCAGAGACGACGAACUGGAACACCUUCAUACUGCCUUGAAAUAUGGCGCACAGAAGGCAAGGUUCCACACUGUAGUGAAUGAAACCAUCAAGGUCGUCUGUAAAGGAGCCAUAAUGGCUGCUGAAAGAAUCUAA